AUGGCGCGCAAAAGAGUCAAGAAGCGUACGCACGUCGGUGCAAGCAACCCGGCCACCGUCGGCGAAAACAAUGGCGCAAAGGAUCCCAAGAGCAUGGUCAUCCGCAUCGGCGCGGGUGAGGUUGGCUCCAGUGUGAGCCAGCUUGCUGCCGAUUUUCGAAAGGUCAUGGAGCCAGGAACUGCCAGUCGAAUGAAGGAGAGAAGGGCAAACCGUUUGAAGGACUACGUUGUCAUGACUGGCCCCCUCGGCGUCACUCACCUGAUGCUCUUUUCGCGAUCAGAGAGCGGUAACACCAACCUGCGCGUGGCCCUCACACCUCGAGGCCCGACACUGAACUUCCGAGUCGAGAAAUACUCUCUUUGCAAGGACGUGCAGAAGGCCCAGAGACGUCCCAAGGGUAGUGGCAAAGAGCAAAUCGCUCCGCCAUUGCUGGUCAUGAACAACUUCCAUACCCCCGAUGCCGACGCAACGUCCAAGGUGCCUAAACAUCUUGAAACCUUGGUGACCUCGGUAUGGUCCAGUGUUUUCCCUCCGCUGAACCCCAACGCGACGCCCCUGAGCAAGAUCAAGCGUACAUUACUGCUCAACCGCGAGAAAGACCCGGAAAACGAGGGAUCCUUCAUCAUCAACAUGCGACACUACGCCAUCACCACACGUUCGACAGGAAUCUCGCGACCGCUUCGGAGACUCGAAAAAGCAGAGAAGCUGUUGGCCUCAAAGACGAACGGAAAAGGAGGCGUGCCGAACCUGGGAAAGCUGGAAGACAUAGCCGACUUCCUUCAGGGAGGAGAGAACGGGGAUGGGUAUCUUACGGAUGCUACCAGCGGGAGUGAGCUCGACAGUGACGCCGAGGUGGAGGUCAAGGAGCAGAAGGCCCAAAAGAUCAGGAAAAGCGCUGCCCCUGUUGAUGACGACAUGGCCGAUGAGGAUGAUGCUGUCGAAAAGCGCGCGGUUAAGCUCGUCGAGCUGGGACCUCGCAUGCGCCUGCGUCUGACCAAAGUUGAGGAAGGAUUGUGUUCUGGCAAGGUCAUGUGGCACGAGUAUGUCCACAAGUCCAAGGAAGAGGUCAAGGAGUUAGAGAAGCGAUGGGAGCAGAGACAGAAGGAGAAGGAGGCCAGGCGAAAGCAACAAAAGGAGAACGUCGACAAGAAGCGGAAAGCUAAUGCUGAGAAAGGCAAGGAAGCUGAUGACAGUGAUGUGGACAUGGACUAUGACGAUGAGUUUGAUAGCGAGGGUCUGGCGGGUGAUGCUGAAUACCAGGUCAAUGAGGCCAUGGAGGAUACAGGUGAGUGGGAGAACGAGGAAGAUGAGAUUGCCAACGGCUGA